AUGCUCUCAAACGCUCUGAACGAGAAUCCUCUCCCGGCGCCGACCCUGUUCCCUUCUGAUCGGCCGCCGGACACUGCUAUCUCCAUUGGUGACCCCUCUCCCUGCUCCAAUCUUGAAAAGGCGAUCAUCUCCGACACUGACAUGAUUGUCGAGUCACCUGAGGCACAGCCACAACCGACUCAAGCCCCGGAGAUCUCUCUGGCCGCCCAGAUACCUCAGUCGGGCGAUCCCCUGUCUCUAAUCUCGUAUGCUUCAGCGGUUACGGGGCUUAAAAGCCCUAUUGCUUCGCUACCGGCGACUAGCCUCUGGACCCCGGUGGGCGAGAACGAUCUCAUCCCGGGGGAGCGGAACGGAGAACCGGCACUGAAAAUUUCGACGGAGUUCAAGAAUCGGAUCUGUGCACCAUGGCAAAGAGCUCUCGUCGUAAGGCUUCUUGGCUGCAAGAUUGGCUUUUCCACUCUUUGCUCACGGUUACGCUCUCUUUGGCGGCCAGUUGGCUCCAUGGAAGUCAUGGAUCUUGAUUUCGAUUGCUUCCUGGUGAAACUCGACAAUGAGCAGGAUUACUUUCGCGCGCUGACUGACGGACCGUGGGUGAUCUUUGAUCAUUACCUUGUGGUCCAACAAUGGACCCCCAAAUUCAAGGUGUCAGAUCCACUGCCAAAGAAGAUGAUUGUUUGGGUUCAAUUGCCCGCCCUAAAAGUCCAUUUCUAUCACAAGGAGGUCUUGAUCACCCUCGGCAACUUGAUCGGUGGGGCGGCGACAGCUAGCACGCCGGCGACGGAGCCAGAGGAGCACCCAGGUUUCGGACCAUGGAUGAUGGUCAGCCGGAAAAGCAGGCGUGAUCCUCGUGUGGGUACUAGUAAGGGAAAGUCGAAUCCGGGAAAUGGCGGGGUGAUUCCUACACCUGUGAUCAAAAAAGGAAAGGAAGGGGCGGUAUCAAAGGAGACCGACCAUCAUGCCAAUAGUGACAAGUCUUCCCAUAUUUUGAAGCCCCAAGAAGGGAAAGGAGGCAACGGGAAGAAAAGUGGGGAAGAGGUGAGGAAAGAAGAGUCGGGACUCCAUAGGGACGAACACUCCUUCAACGCGAGCAAGAACGAAGAAAUCCAAAUCCGGGAAGGAGCGCGUGAAGAAAACUUCACCGACCAAAUUCAACCCUCUGAAGCAGCUGCAAAUAUGGUCGCCCAUGAAGGACAAGAGAUCAAAAUCCAAGUCCCGCGUUGCCUCGCUCACUCUUCAAGAGAUCACCGCAUGGACAGAGGCGAAAGCUCAGAGACCCGCCGAGUGGGCAGCUGCGGAUAA